AAAUUACAGUCUAACUCAAUAGAGCAAAUAGUAUGUACUUCAUUUUAAAUUGUACACUGCACUUUGUGGUCUUGGGAAAAGACAAAAAUACAGUAUUUGAACAAUUAAUUUCUCAAGAAAGUUACUAGAUUCCAUAAAAUCAGACUUUAAACAUGAUAAGAAACGGAAAUUUGUGUGUUUCAACAAACACCGCACGUAUUCAACACGAAGGAACACUAUAUAUUUACAAAUGCGAUCUUAUCUUAUUUAUAUUCGCCGUGAGACGAUACAUAGGACACUUUAUUAAGUCAUACCAUCCACGAAAGUCCGCCGUUAUGUGCAGUUUAUAUGUAAAGGAGUCAAACAUCCCGUGUAAAUAUCAAUUAUCUUAUCAAGUCACAAUCUGACGAUCUUGUUAUAAUAUGCGAUGGAAAAGAGAUCCUCUGACAAGAAUCCGAUGGCUGAAGAAGUUAACAGAUGUGAUGAAUCAUUCUCAACCAGUCAAACCAUGCGCAAUAAGGAAUGCAUGCAGUUGAAAAUGUUUUUCUUGUACCUGAGAAAGUGACUAAGCAAGAGGCAAAAGUGCAAAAUGCAAACUCUGCGACCAACAUGAGUAACUCAGAAGGUCACUUACUGACUCUGCAGCAUCCAAUCCAUCCAAUUACUGCAUUUUAUAAUGAGCAGAAGAAAAUUUUCCAUCUUAGCUUUUGUAAUAUGUCCUGAGUUGUUUGAAAAACAAACUAAAAAUGUGUCUAAAGUGCAACCUUUUGACCCUUAACCACUGAUAACACUCAUUAUGCGGCUGUAUCAGCGACCAUCUUUUUCAAUCUUGAGUAAAUAUUGAAUGUGUGAACAGAGGGUCUCCGAAUAUUGAGAAAUCCAUAGAUUCUUGUGUAACUCUCGCGUCUGCUCUUAUCUAUUGGCUGUGGCAGAAAAAAGGGCGACACACAAUUUCCAUUGAUUUCAAGAUUUUCUGCUGUGCGCCUUCCUCGCGAGCGAUCUCAAAAGCAAAUAAAGCGCGAGAGGGGAAAAAAAGAGUUUCCAUCGCUGCAGCUGAUAAAGUAUUUUUUCCCUUCACCCACAACAGUGUAUUUUUCUCAGUGAAAAGACCGAAGAUAAGGCUUAGUUCUGAGCUACUCAAACAGUUGCUUAUCAGUCGGAUGCAGCCCACUAGCCGCAGAUUCAUUAGUUUCACUCUCUGUCCACACUCAGAGGAUCGCAUUUUUGAGUUUCCAAAGAGAUCAUUGAACAAUUUCAAUGACAUGCGAUGACUAUUGAAAAAAGCACACUAACAACUGAUAAACACUUUUUGCCCACCAAUGAGAGAUUAGAUAAAUGUCUUAUCAUCACAUGCGUGUCGUCUCUCGAGUCAGUGAAAAUCUGCUCUUUCCACGCCACGGAAAGUCUUUUCAUGCCCGUUAACCGAGCAACACCUCUGCAAGAUGACCUCUUCCAUUGUCGUCAGAAGGACUGAGAAGGAUGAUCUUCAAGCUAUCAUUGAUAUGAUCCAGGAAUUGGCGGACUUUGAGAGGAUGUCUGAAGGACCUCAGCUGAAAGUAAAAGAUUUGCUGCGCGAUGGCGGAUUCGAUUCACCGCAGAAUCCCAUUUUCCACAGCUUCGUAGCCGAAGAGGUUACCACGUCACCGAGAGAUCACUCUAUGACCCGGCAAGCUGUUGGAUAUGCAAUUUGCUUCUUCAGCUACUCAACGUGGCAAGGAAAAUCCCUCUUUCUGGAGGACAUUUACGUCCGUCCGCAGUUCAGGAGACAGAAAGCUGGUAGGAAAUUAUUUCAGGAAGUGGUUCGAUUUGCAAGAUCAACAAAUUGUUCGAGAUUGGAUCUUCAUGUACUGGAGUGGAACACAACAGCGCGAGAUUUCUACUCAAAACUCGGGGGAGUUGAUCUCACUGUCACCGAAAAGUGGAACUUGGUGCGCUUUAAUGAGAAUGUGAUGGAAAAUAUAUUGAAGAAUUGA